GUCUCUCGGGAGGCUGGACUAGCCACAAGUUGUGGUGAACCAGGGUAAAAUCGGUGUGCCUCGUUCUUUUCUCUUUACUUCUCGCUUAUUCAUUUUUAUUCCUGCGAUUUCUUUAUCAAACGCUAUUCACCCCCCCUCUAGCGUUGGUCUAUUAUUCUAACAAUUGGUAUCGGAGCCUAACUCGCGUCCAAACUUAACCGUUUGAGAGUAAAGCGAUCAUGGGCUCUUCUUCUAGAAAUCUCUAUGCAGGAAUUGGAGAAG